AUGGGCGACAGGUAUGCUGUACUUCGGCGGGCCCAGCUGCACCUGGAUUUCAUCCACGCCAACUCCACCACUCACAGUUUCCUUUUUGGAGCACUGGCUGAAUUGCUGGACAAUGCAAGAGAGCUCAACAGAGUUGGAGUUCCCUCAUUGAACAGUGAAGAAAUGUCUGCCCUAGAGGGAGGACUGAACAGAAUAAAUACCUUAAAGGGGGAGGGGACAGAUGUCCUGGCACAGAAGUUAAGAAGGGAGCCUGAUGGAUUUAAUAAGAAUGGCCUAGAUUUCUUUUAUAAUUACGCUUUGGUGGAAAGGCACAAAGUGGAUAAUGAAAAACUGCAGGGUGGAUUCAUGUUGUGUUUCCUGGAUGAUGGAUGUGGCAUGAGCCCUGAGGAAGCUUCAGAUAUCAUUUACUUUGGAAGAUCCAAAAAACGGCUGUCAACCUUGAAGUUCAUUGGGCAAUACGGCAAUGCUCUUAAAAGUGGGUCCAUGAGAAUUGGAAAAGACUUUAUUCUUUUUACGAAGAAGGAAGAAACGAUGACCUGUGUAUUUUUUUCUCAGACGUUCUGUGAAGAAGAAGGUCUUAGUGAGGUUGUAGUUCCAAUGCCCUCGUGGUUAACAAGAACCAGAGAAUCUGUCACAGAUGAUCCCCAGAAAUUCUCAAUGGAAUUAUCUAUAAUUUAUAAAUACUCCCCAUUUAAAACUGAAGCCGAAUUGAUGCAGCAAUUUGAUGUGAUCUAUGGAAAAUGUGGUACUUUGCUGGUUAUUUAUAACUUGAAUCUUCUGCUUAAUGGAGAACCAGAGUUGGAUGUUAAAACAGACAGAGAAGACAUACUGAUGGCUGGAGCUCUGGAAGAUUUCCCAGAGAGAUGGUCCUUCAGAGCCUACACAUCUGUUCUGUAUUUUAACCCAUGGAUGAGAAUAUUCAUUCAAGCCAAGAGAGUUAAAACUAAACAUCUAGGCUAUUGCCUCUACAGACCCAGAAAGUAUCUUUAUGUCACAUCUUCUUUCAAAGGAGCAUUUAAAAAUGAAGUUCAAAAGGCAGAAGAAGCAGUAAAGAUUGCUGAAUUUGUAUUGAAAGAAGCACAAAUGAAAGUAAACCAGUGUGACAGAACCUCUUUGUCUUCUGCCAAGGAUGUGUUACAGAGAGCUUUGGAAGAUGCAAAAGCAAAACAAAAGAAUCUUAAAGAGAAACAAAGAGAAUUGAAGAAAGCAAGAACACUCUCCCUGUUCUAUGGAGUGAACAUAGAAAACCGAAGCCAAGCUGGAAUGUUCAUUUACAGUAAUAACCGUUUGAUCAAAAUGCACGAAAAAGUGGGCCCGCAGUUGAAACUGAAGUCCCUACUUGGUGCAGGCGUGGUUGGAAUUGUUAAUAUACCCUUGGAGAUAAUGGAACCAUCCCACAAUAAACAGGAAUUUCUCAAUGUCCGAGAGUAUAAUCAUCUAUUAAAAGUCAUGGGACAGUACGUGGUCCAGUACUGUAAGGACACCGGCAUCAAUAAUAGAAAUCUAACAAUGUUUUGGAAUGAAUUUGGAUACCAGAAUGACAUCAACAUAGAGAGACCCUUAAAUUCUAUUCAGUUUCAAAGAAGACAAGCCAUGGGUAUCCCAUUCAUCAUACAAUGUGAUCUUUGUCUUAAAUGGAGAGUCUUGCCUUCCUCUACUCAUUAUCAGGAGAAAGAAUUUUUUGACAUUUGGAUUUGUGCUAAUAAUCCUAACCUCUUGGAAAACAGUUGUCAUCAGAUAGAACGUCUACCUUCCAUUCCCCUGGGUGCCAUGAGCACAGUAUCACCAUCAAAAAAUGAGAAAGAGAAGCAGCUUAGAGAGUCAGUCCUAAAGUAUCAAAAUAGACUGGCAGAACAACAGCCACAGCCUCAAUUUAUACCAGUGGACAAAAUCUCUGAGUUGACUUCCACCUGCGUAACUUCAGCAACUAAGCUUUCAGUGAGCCAUAGAGGCCAGAAAAUAAACAUUGAAGAGACAGACCCUGAUGUAGAGCAUAUUUCAGAAACUAAAAUUAUGAAAAAGUCUAUGGAGGAGAAAAUGAACUCUCAACAGCAGAGACUUCCUGUAGCUCUGCCAGCAAAUGUUAAACUAGCUGAGAGAUCCCAGGCCACUUCUUGGAAAAUGAAAAGGAAGCAGAGUCUGAACCUUGUAGAGGAAUGUCAGGUAUUGACUGAAGAUGAGAACAGCAAGAGUGAUCCAGAUAUAAUCCUGGUUUCAGAUAAAAGCAACACGGAUGUUUCAUUGAAACAAGAAAAAAAGGAAAUUCCUCUUAUAAACCAAGAAAAACAGGAGCUGUGCAAUGAUGUUCUAGCAACGAAAAGCAUCUCUUCAUUACCUAGCUGGAAAAGCUUGCCCAAUGUGCCAGUGGAAGAUGUGAAUCUAAGCUCUGGACACAAAGCCAGAGUUUCUGUGAGUGGUGGUUGUAAAGUUGCUUCUAUGCCAAUGUCUUCUCAAAGCACACCUGUCAAGGAACCAGUGAGAAAACUGAUGUCUAAAUUAAGGGAGACUCUUCUGUAUUUUUUCCCUGAGUAUCAGCUACCAUCAGAAUUGGAAGAACCUGCAUUAAGUUGUGAGCUGGAGCAGUGCCCAGAGCAGAUCAACAAAAAGCUGAAAAUGUGUUUCAACCAGAUACAGAAUACUUGCAUGGCCCAAUAUGAAAAAAAGCUAAAGAGGAAAAUACAAUCCGUUAUCUACGAUUCAAAUACAAGAGGAAUACGCAAUGAAAUCUCUCUGGGGCAAUGUGAAGGAAAAAGAAAAAUCUCUGAGGAUGAGCUGAAGAAUCUUCGUAUAAAACUGGCACUAUUGUUGCAGAAACUUCAACUGGGUGGUCCAGAAGGUGACCUGGAGCAGAUUGACACCUAUUUAGAAGCUUUGCUUAAAGAAGAUAAUCUCCUCUUCCAGAACAAUUAAAAUAAAGUGACCAUAGAUACAAGACAUAGGCUCUUGUUAGAAAAAAAAAUGAAAAUACUCCUGAAAAUUAAGAGUCAGAGAAGGUAUUCCCUUUUAAAAAAUGCUAGUAAGAAAAUUGGAAGAUUCUUUAAAAAUUUUUCCUUUUUGUUUUUGUUACUGUAA